AUUUUUCAUCUCGACGGCCUAUCGGUCUGUAGUCUUUCCAAACCCUUUUUUUCUAUUCGCGCUUGCAUUCCGACGUCUUACCGGUGGUGUUCAUCGUGCAUGCCAGCGAGCUGGUGCGACCGGGCUCGCAUCCAUAUUUCUGCACGGGCUGUCCCACUUCUGACUGUCAAUGACGGCAGCUGUUGAAUGUAACAUAUGGAACCCUCAAAACAGCCAGCGUUGACGGAUUGCCAACGUGUCGUCCAUCCAAAAAUCGUGGUUCACACUCCACGGCGAUAUGUGGCCCGGUCCAUUGCGUUGGCGUUGGUAGCGCUGACGCUGACGAUAUGCUGGCUAUUCCCGUCCGAUUUAUCCGAAUUUCAAAGUAGGAUCGAGUUUGUCGAGGAGGAAUUUAGCUGGAGUCAGAUCACGCCGUCAUCGUCGUUGCAAUAUCAUGAUUGCUUCGAGGGAUUUCAAUGCGCCCGUCUGGAGGUCCCUAUGGACUACCACCGACCGGACGGCAAGGGCCGUCGCGUGGCGGUUGCGGUUACACGUCUACCAGCAAAGGUGCCUGUGACAGAUCCUCGCUACGGGGGGCCUAUCUUGAUCAACCCCGGUGGCCCUGGUGGCUCUGGCAUUGCCCAGGUCCUACGCACGGGUCGAAACUUUCAAACAAUUGUAGAUGCAGGGGUCAACCCGAAAGAGGAGCAGGAGCCGUGGCAGAGUCAUAAUCGGUAUUUUGAUAUCAUUGGCUUUGAUCCUCGCGGGGUGAAUAACACCACUCCCGGGUUUGGAUGCUUCCCGGAUCUCUUCUCGCAGAAGAACUGGGAGCUGCAGGCCGAGGCAGAAGGCAUGUUGAGCAGCUCCAGCGAUGCCUUUGUGCGCAACUGGCAGCGCACCGUCGCCCUGAACACGGGUUGUUCCGCCAGACUGUCGGCCGCACCAGAAAAUGAACAGGAAGCAUUGGGCGAGCAUAUCAACACCCCUCCGGUCGCCCGCGAUAUGCUGGAAAUCAUCGAACGACACGCCGAGUGGCGUGAAAAGGAGGGUCAGGCCGAACAGCGUCGACGCGACCGUACGGAUGGUCGUGACGCAGAGCAGUCCAUCAUAAGACGCACAAAGUGGAAUCGCGGCCAAGAAAAACUCCUCUACUGGGGACGCUCUUAUGGCACGAUCUUGGGAUCGACCUUUGCAAACAUGUUCCCCGACCGAAUCACGCGAGCCGUCCUCGACGGGGUCGUUGAUAUUGACAAAUACUAUCUAAACCACGGCCACAACUCCAUUAUCGAUGCGGAUCAGAUAUUCGACCAAUUUGCGCAUUACUGUGCUUCCGCAGGUGCAGAGCUCUGUCCGUUCUACAACGACGACGGAGCUGCCGGAAUCAAACAGGCGUAUCGCUCGUUGGAGGAUCAACUGUGCAAUGCCUCUCUCCCCGUUCCUGCGUCCGAGUCGCGUGGCCCGGAACUCAUUACUUGGACGGAUCUCAAACAGACCCUUCGGAUCGCGAUGUACCAACCCCUGGAGGGAUUUCCCCUGCUAGCACGACACGCGCGGUCACUUGCGGAUGGAGACGGGUCUGAGGUCGCCGAUUUCAAACAGAAGCGCCGUCUCCCUUCCUGCCCAUCAACGCAGUGUCUUCUAGACGGACCCUGGUCUAUAUCUUGUCAGCCCUCCGGCGCGAAUGAAAUCUAUGCGAGUGCGGCUGUAUUGUGCACAGAUGCGGACUACCUGCAGAGGAUGGAUGAGGAGAAAUUCCUACAAGACUGGAACACCCUCCGUGAAGACAGCUCCAUGCUCGGCGACUACUGGGCGCAUAUCGGGUUGGGAUGCGUCGGAUGGAAUGUGAAAGCCAAAUGGAAGGUUCCAGGUCCCUAUUCUGCGAACGUGUCCCAUCCACUGCUGUUCGUCAGCAACACGCUCGAUCCGGUCACGCCGCUGCGAAGUGCGGAAAACAUGGUCAAGAAAUUCCCCGGCUCGGCUUUACUUCGGCAGGCCUCGGAGGGACAUUCCACGCUAUCCGCGCCCUCGCUCUGCGUGAACAAGGCGAUUCGCAAAUACUUCCAGACGGGUGAACUGCCGGCGCCCGAUACACUGUGUCAGGGGGAUUUCGUUCCUUUCCUCGGUGUGCCGGCCAAAGGGCAGGACAUAACGCUGGAGGACCAGAAGCUGUGGGAAGCGAUCAUGGACGAUGCGCGUCAUACUCGGAGUCAGAACACACCAUUUUAGCGGGAUGCCAGAAUAGGAGAUCCCGCGCCUUCGAUGCUUAUCGAUAAGAUGAGGGGUAGCUUGAUGACUGACUUAUGUAUGAGCUCUGUGGUUAUACAGGAUUUAGCUGGUUAUAUAUCAUUCAUGUUGGCUGUUUGUUGUUUGCUGCUUUCCUGUGUAUUCCGUAAUUGCUGCCGAAAUGUCACUUCAUGU